CUUUCUUCUGCAUUGAUUACACACUCUCUGGUUGCCGAGAAAAUCGCUGAAAAUUUGGACUGAAUUUAAAUUUUCUGAUUUUAUAUUAUUUUACUUUUGCGAUACCUUGCAGCAGUUUGGAUUUUCAUUUCUAUACUUUUCCACCUAGACAUUCUCAACAAUACUUGGAUUUUCUUUAUUACCUUUUUCUUUUGCUUGGGAAGUUUUGCCUGGUGUGGGCGUUCAUCAAGUGAAAUUUGGACAAUGACAAUCUGGGUUCUGUGUGGUAAAAAUGAUUGUUGUAUUCAUGCAUGUUUAUAGUGGUGGAGCAGUUCGAGAACAAUAAGAUUAAGGAUCUGACGAUUUGGAAGACAUAUUAUAGGACUGGUUGUAUCACAGCGUGUCCUCUACUAUACAGCUCUUUUCGAAGAGAGAGGAACUUUGAAAUAUGAAUUUUGUUUUUCGAGGUAGUAGAGCAGAUAUUGAAAAUGGAUUUGGAGGAUUUAUUCCUGAACCACCUGCAGUGCGUAUUCAUACCGCUCGAUCUGUUAAUACCACCUCACUUGCUUUUCUUGUGACAGCAGUUAUUUUGCUUUUCAUGAUUUUGAACUCACGUCAGAUGUCGCCAAACCUUUUGCUCUGGCUUGUUGUGGGUGUCUUUUUGAUGGCCACAAGCCUGAGGAUGUAUGCUGCUUGUCAACGACUUCAAGCUCAGGCCAGGGCUCAUGCAGCAGCAGCAAGUGGCUUGCUUGGUCAUACUGAACUGCGCCUGCACAUGCCACCCUCAAUAGCUUUGGCAACUAGAGGACGAUUACAAGGACUAAGACUCCAGCUUGCACUUCUUGACCACGAGUUUGAUGACCUGGAUUAUGAUACACUCAGAGCACUGGACUCUGAUAAUACUUCCACAACUCCUUCGAUGAGUGAUGAAGAUAUAAAUGCCUUACCAGUUCACAAAUACCGGGCUGCUGGCUCUCAGAACUCAUCACUGCAACUGGAGUCAUCUUCUUCAAUCCUGGCUGAGACUAAACAAGACUCUAGAAAGGCAGAUGGGAGGAUAAAGGGCCCUGAAGAUGAACUGACAUGCAGUAUUUGCUUGGAGCAAGUUAAUAAGGGGGAGCUUGUUCGCAGCUUGCCAUGUUUGCAUCAGUUUCAUGCCAAUUGCAUUGAUCCAUGGCUGCGGCAACAAGGCACAUGCCCUGUUUGUAAAUUAAGGGUGGGAUCUGGAUGGCAGGAUAUCGGCGAGAGCGAAUCAGAUGGUUCAGACAUGGUCUAGUGACUUGUUAAACAUUCCAUAUGUAAAUGCUUGUAGUAUAGUUACUUACCAUUGUCUUCUUAUUUUUAUUUUGUAGAAACCAUAUUGUAAGUUUCAUAGAAAUAAUACACUCUGGGUAACUCAGUUACAUGCGUAUAAACUCCAGGUGUGGCCUCUGCCUAACCUGUGCAUUCCGUGUUUCCCCCAAAAUAAAAAAGCUACAAUCUCCGCUGGCA